AAGGACAAACAGGAAGUAAGAGAGAGACAAAAGAGAUUACCUAAAAACUAAUGUAAAACAAAGAACGAGCCAACCUUCUGAGCUUAGGUGGACCAUCUUCAACUACUAUGACGCAUAUUAUUUGAUACAUUAUUAUAAGCCAGAUAUGAACAAAGACAGUUCAUAUUUUGACCAGAAAAAUACUAGGGAAACAUGGCAAAAAGAGAUUAUACCAUCCAAUUGGUGGCACCAUUUUCAAUCAGCUUCUCAACUUCCACAGGUUGCACCAUUACAUGACUGAUCUUGCUGGCAAAUACAGGACUUACAGAUUGAUUAGCCCUUUCAGGAAUGAGAUUUAUACUGCUGAUCCUGUUAAUGUUGAGUACAUUCUCAAAACAAACUUUGACAACUACGGCAGGGGAAGGUAUCAUCACAGCAUUUUAACGGACCUGUUAGGGGAUGGGAUAUUCACAGUUGAUGGUGAUAAGUGGAGGGAACAGAGGAAAUUGUCAAGCCACGAGUUCUCGACGAGGGUUUUGAGGGAUUUCAGCAGUGUGAUCUUCAGAAAAAAUGUGGCAAAGCUUGCCCAUAUGUUGUCCGAAGCUGCCAAUUCCAGCAAGAUAGUUGAUAUCCAAGAUCUAUUCAUGAAAGCAACUCUAGAUUCUAUAUUCAGAGUUGCCUUUGGAGUUGAGCUAGACAGCAUGUGUGGUUCAAACGAUGAAGGCAGAGAAUUUGGCGAUGCAUUUGACAAUGCAAGUGAAAUGACACUUUGGAGAUAUGUUGAUAUCUUCUGGAAGAUUAAAAAAGCUCUCAAUAUCGGAUCAGAAGCCAAGUUAAAGGACAAUAUAAGAACUAUUGAUGCGUUUGUUUAUAAGCUGAUCCACAGAAAAACCGAGCAGAUGAGUAAACCAGAAGCUAAUUUAUCUUUGCAGUGGAAGAAAGAAGACAUUUUGUCAAGGUUUCUGCAAAUAACAGGAAUAGAUCCAAAGUUUCUGCGUGAUAUAAUAUUGAGCUUCAUUAUAGCAGGCAAAGAUACAACAGCAACCACCCUUUCUUGGUUUAUAUAUAUGCUUUGCAAGUACCCUCAAGUACAGGAGAAAGUAGCACAAGAGAUUAAAGAAGCAGUAACUGAGAAACAAGAUGCAAUGGACAUAACGGAUUUUGCUGCCAAUGUGAGUGAAGAUGCCCUUGAAAAGAUGCAAUAUCUUCAUGCAGCAUUGACAGAGACUCUUAGGCUCUAUCCUGCAGUUCCAGUGGAUGCAAAACUAAGCUUUUCGGAUGAUACCUUACCAGAUGGAUUUAGUGUGAACAAAGGGGACAUGGUGUCUUACCAACCAUACGCGAUGGGAAGAAUGAGAUUUAUAUGGGGUGAUGAUGCAGAAGAAUAUAAACCAGAGAGAUGGCUUGAUGGGAAUGGUUUCUUCAGACAAGAGAGUCCCUUCAAAUUUACAGCUUUCCAGGCCGGGCCAAGAAUCUGUCUGGGCAAGGAGUUUGCUUACAGGCAAAUGAAGAUAUUCUCUGCUGUGCUAUUACGUUACUUUGCUUUCAAAUUGAGUGAUGACAAGAAGACUGUCAACUACAGGACAAUGAUUAAUCUUCACAUCGACGGCGGACUGCACGUACAUUUCUUUCAUAGAUAGGGCCAAUAAAGAGAGCCAUAGAUAUUUUAGAUCUCCUCACUGAGUUCUGUAUACUAGAGACUAUCCAAAAUAAGCCUACCAAAUAACAUCGACCAGACUGAAGAUUUAGGCCUGAACUCUAAGAAAGGUAUCAUUGCUUCACAUUCACAUUUUCCUUGUUUUAAGUCAGUUUGAGUUUUUCAUUGGAAUAACCACUGCCCCCCUUGCCCGACCUCAGGUCAGGAGAAAAUUGUAGCAAAAUUCAAUUCUAUUCUCUAUCUUCAAAGACUGAAACGCGGCUAGAAGUUGCAUCGACUUUAACUCCU